GAAAGACGCGCUCUUCUGGUGAUAAACUUCAUCGCAACCUCUUCUGCGUCAGGACAAGGAUUUCAUUGUUCUUGGUCUUACCCACUGAUUUUCGAAUUGACUAUUAUACAUUAUCUUCCUUGACCAUACCAGCAACAGCAUCAUGGAUCCCUACGACAGCGACUCCUCCUUCGACGAUGAGGGGGACUUCAGCGAGACCAACGUGCUGCUGGGCUACGCAGCCGAUGAGAUUGUAGAAGACACCAUCAGUCACCUGGGAGGCUGGCCGGUACGUACAAUCCUCAAUUCAUCUCCUGAUCCCCUUUUCCCGUAGUCCGACUACCAAAAUACCCCUCACAGACCUGGCUCGACGACGCUACCCCACCUCCGGGCGACUUCGCCAAAUGCAAAGUCUGCAACCAGCCCAUGCUCCUCCUCCUCGAGCUGCACGGUGACCUCCCCAACGACUUCCCCGACGAUGAACGCCGUCUCUACAUCUUCUCCUGCCCCCGCAAAGCCUGCAACCGCAAACCAGGCAGUAUCCGGGCCCUGCGCGCCGUCAGAAAGCUGAAGAUCGAGCCCCAACAUCAACCUCCCCGCCAAAAGGAAGAACAAAAGCCAGAAUCCCCGAACGAGGUGAAGAAAGAAGAAGAAGAAGCGAAGAAGCCCGCCGCCCCGAAGCCAGACCUCGGAGCCAGCCUAUUCGGUUCCUCCACUCUCACCAGCAGCGUCUCCGCCAGCGCAAACCCCUUCUCCGCCGGCGCUUCUUCCACCAGCACCAACAACAACCCGUUCGCAGCUCCAGCGCCCUCCCCCGGCCUCGCCGCCAAACCCACCACCUCUCCAGCACCUACUCUCUCCGAAUCCUUCGCCGACAAAGUCCGCAUCUCCUCUCCUCAACAACAACAACCCAAAACCAACCUCAUCCCACCUCCCGAAGCCUCCACCACCCCCAACACUCCCUGGCCCGCCCAAUCCGACUUCCCAACACCCUACACAAACUUCUACCUCGAUGCCGAAUACGAGGCCAUGUCCCGCCCCUCCACACCUACUAUCCCCGCCAACGUGACCAUCGACAACACAGAAGAAGAGGGUCCCAAUGGCGGCGCAGCGGAGCUCAAAGAUACCUUUGAAUCCGAGCUCGACAAGGCGUUCAUCCGCUUCUCUACCCGUCUCGGCCAUAACCCCGAACAAGUCCUCCGCUACGAGUUCCGCGGUACGCCAUUGCUCUAUUCCCAUGCUGAUGCGGUGGGCAAGCGGCUCCACGACCCGGCGAAGACAGCGAACCCCAAUGCCAAGGUUACUACGGUUGGUGGAGGGAGUCGCAUGCCUCGCUGUGAGUAUUGUGGUAGUGAGCGCGUGUUUGAGUUGCAGCUUGUGCCUCAUGUUAUCAGUGUGUUGGAGGAUGGGAGGGAAGGUGUGGGGCUGGGACCCAAGGAUGAUGCUGGUAUGGAGUGGGGGACUAUCAUUUUGGGAGUCUGUGGGAAGGAUUGUGGACCGAAGGAAGUCGGUGUUGUCGGUUAUAGAGAGGAGUGGGCUGGUGUGCAGUGGGAGGAACAGGCGAAAUAGAAUGAUGAUGAGGAUGAUGAUGGGUUACGGAUUGGAACUGUGAGGCGUAAUGUCCGUUCAAGACUUGAUGUUGAUGACAUAUAUAUCAUAUAUAGACUUGUGUUCUUUUUGUUUAGGAUUGGUU